AUGGUGGACAGUGGUCAGAAGGUCAAACAACUGAAUAACAUUCAUAAUAAGGCUGAAGUUAUGUGUUUAACUCUGAAAGAUGACACUCAUCGAUUGUACACAGGAGCAACAGAUGGAACUGUCAAGGUGUGGGAUUUUAAUGGGCAUUGCUACCACACACUGAUUUGUGCAGGUGGGCAACCUGCAGAAAUAGGUCAAGUUUUUAUACUAAAGCGAUGUGUAUUGGUUGUUGGAUGGAGCAGGUUCCUGACCAUUUUCCGUGAUUCAGAUUUCAAAGACCAUGUUGUUUAUCCCAGCGAAUGGAAAGGAACUGAUAAUCAUACAGAUGAUAUUCUUUCACUGGCAUUUUCCUCACCAAAUACGCUCAUUACAGGAGCAUACAAUGGGGAAAUAUAUGUGUGGAACACAAAAUCAGAAAAGGCCACAAAAUGCAUAAGACAACGAUCCAAGAUUAAACAAUCUCAAUUGCAAGAUGAUAAUCUCCUUGCAGAGGAACUGAAUAGCCAUUGUGAAAGUUUCAACAGAACAAUAAAUGAUGGGACAAUUGUUCCAAGUCGUUCCAGGUCAAGGCUUUCUUCAAGAGUCAGUGAAAAUGGAAAUGAUGAUCAGAAUGAAUUUGCUUAUGCUGUGGUAAAUUUGCAUAUUCUUGAAAGUCGGCGCAACUUGACAAGCACAGCUGCAAAUCUAGUCUCAUGUGGUGGAAAUGGUUGGGUUCGUUUUUGGAAUACUCAGCACACUUCCCUUGCAGCCGAAUUUGUAGCUCAUGCCCACUCUGGCAGCAUUACCAUGGCUAUCGAUGCUACAGACAGUUAUCUAGUAACAGGAGAUGUCGAAGUCUCUAUCUUCUUAUCUAUCUAUCUAUCUAUCUAUCUAUCUAUCUAUCUAUCUAUCUGUAUAUGA